AAAUAAGACUCUCAAAACUUGCAAAGCGUUCACAGUGUUUUGUUCCUUGAAGAAACUUGUUGAACGCGUGCAACCCUAGUUAGGGUUUUCUUCUCAAACUUCGAUUCUCAAUUCAAAAAGGGUUCGUUCUCUCAAUCGCACCGCUGGAUCCGUAUCGUUUUCCUCCGUCGGUCGAGUCCCCCUUUUCCCGAUCCUUCAGCGAUCGCGGAAACAUGUACGGGCCCAGGGGGGCAAUGUUGGGAAGCGGGGGGGUUUCGGACGGGUACGAGGUUGGCUCAAAGAGACAAAGAAUGAUGGAAUCCAAUCCAUACUUCGCAGUGAGCAGCGGAGCAGGCAGCUUUCAACCUUAUGGAUAUGCUGGUGGCUUCCAGCCGCUUCCUCCUUUUCCUGUGGUUCGUCUCAGGGGGCUUCCGUUUAACUGCACAGACAUUGACAUUUUGAAGUUCUUUGCUGGACUGACCAUAGUCGAUGUGCUGCUGGUCAACAAGAAUGGACGAUUCUCCGGGGAGGCCUUUGUAGUCUUUGCAGGAGCAAUGCAGGUUGAGUUUGCUUUACAGCGGGAUCGACAGAACAUGGGUCGCCGAUACGUGGAAGUCUUCAGGUGUAAGAAGCAAGAUUAUUACAAUGCUGUUGCUGGUGAGAUCAGUUACGAAGGAAUAUACGACAAUGAUUACCAAGGAAGCCCUCCUCCAUCUCGGGUCAAGAGGUUCAGUGAUAAAGACCAAAUGGAAUACACUGAGAUAUUAAAGAUGCGUGGACUUCCAUUCAAUGUCACGAAAUCUCAAAUUAUUGAGUUUUUUAAAGAUUACAAACUGAUAGAAGAUAGGGUGCACAUUGCAUGUCGCCCAGAUGGUAAAGCUACUGGAGAGGCAUAUGUAGAGUUUGUUUCGCCAGAUGAGGCUAAGAAAGCAAUGUUCAAGGAUAAAAUGACCAUUGGAUCAAGGUAUGUAGAACUGUUUCCUUCUACACCAGAUGAAGCUAGACGGGCCGAGUCAAGAUCAAGGCAGUAAUCAAUGAUAUUUUGUCAGGCAUUGUGCAUUUUGUUUUAGAUGGUCAACCUUUUUAUUCUGCAGUAUUCUACUUCAGAUAUUCUAAAUUUUAGAUCAAUGUACUUUAUUUACUAGUUUGACUUGGUGGUGGUUAUCUUUUAUUGUCUGAAAUGGAUGCAUGAAUUAAUUACAGAAAAGGGCCUUCGAAUA